GUCACCCUGCGGGCCGGCGGCGCUCUGAGUCCAGCUGCACUGCUGCAGGAACAUGUGUGUGAGAAUCUGACAGUGUGUGUCGUGUUCCUCAGGAUCCGUCUGAAUCAUGUCCUGCCUGCUGCGCUGCUCUUCCGCGGCCCUGCGGAGGACACCGGGGACCAGAUUCUUCCAGACGUUCCCUGCUCUGUGUGAUCAACAGACUCAGAAAGGCAUACGAUAUAAAGACGUCCUGGUAGGCGUUCCUAAAGAGAUCUUCCAGAAUGAGCGUCGGGUGGCGGUGUCGCCGGCGGGCGUUGAGACGCUGGUCAAGCAGGGCUUCAGGGUGCAGGUGGAGUCCGGCGCCGGACGGGAAGCCAAGUUCUCUGACGAUCAGUACCGGGCCGCAGGAGCUCAGAUCACAGACACAAAGGGAGCGCUGGGAUCAGAUCUGGUCCUGAAGGUCCGAGGGCCGGUCUUUAACGAAGCGCUGCGAGUACACGAGGCCGAACUGCUGAAGCCCACAUCUACACUGGUGAGUUUCAUCUAUCCGGCACAGAACUCCGAGCUCAUGGACAGACUGGCCAAACGGCAGUGUACUGUACUCGCUAUGGAUCAGGUGCCCCGGGUCACCAUCGCCCAGGGUUACGACGCCCUCAGCUCCAUGGCCAACAUCGCAGGGUAUAAAGCUGUGGUUCUCGCAGCGAAUCACUUCGGACGCUUUUUCACUGGUCAGAUCACAGCAGCUGGGAAAGUUCCUCCGGCUAAGGUGCUGGUGAUCGGUGGAGGUGUGGCUGGUCUGGCCGCAGCAGGUGCAGCUAAAUCAAUGGGAGCUAUAGUCAGAGGAUUUGACACCAGACCCGCAGCACUGGAGCAGUUUAAAUCGUUCGGGGCCGAGCCGCUGGUGGUGGAAAUCAAAGAGUCGGGUGAAGGGGUCGGGGGUUACGCCAAAGAAAUGUCCAAAGAGUUUCUGGAGGCGGAGAUGGAGCUGUUCUCCAAACAGUGUAAAGAUGUGGACAUCAUCAUCAGCACUGCUCUUAUACCCGGUAAAAAAGCUCCGGUCCUCAUCAAGCGGGAGAUGGUGGACACGAUGCGUGAUGGGUCGGUGGUGGUGGAUUUAGCCGCAGAAGCCGGAGGAAACAUCCAAACCACUAAACCUGGAGAGCUGUACAUCCAUCAGGGUGUGACACACAUCGGCUUCACUGACCUGCCCAGUCAGAUGCCCACACAGUCCAGUUCUCUCUACUCCAACAACAUCAUUAAAAUCCUGAAGGCCAUCAGUCCGGAUAAAGAACACUUUCACUUUCAGCCCGUGGAUGAGUUUGAUUACGGGACGCUGGAUCAUGUGAUCAGAGGAACUGUGGUCAUGAAGGAUGGAAAGAAUCUUUUCCCUUCCCCUCUGCCAAAGACUGCACCGCCACCUGCACCCGCUAAACACAAGACUGUCGCCGAGCUGGAAGCUGAGAGACGAGUGGAAAUCUCUCCCUUUAAACGCACCAUGACAUCAGCGGGCGUCUAUACGGCAGGUCUGGCGUCUGUGUUGGGUUUGGGUGUUGUUUCUCCUAACGCUGCCUUCACUCAGAUGGUGACGACCUUUGGUCUUGCUGGAAUUGUGGGAUAUCACACGGUGUGGGGUGUGACACCUGCACUCCACUCGCCACUCAUGUCAGUGACCAACGCCAUCUCAGGUCUGACAGCGGUGGGUGGUCUGGUGCUGAUGGGCGGAGCUUUGACCCCCUCAUCUGUGCCUGAAACUCUGGCUCUGCUCGCAGCGUUUGUUUCCUCCAUCAACAUCGCAGGGGGUUUCCUGAUCACUCAGAGGAUGUUAGACAUGUUCAAGAGGCCGACUGACCCUCUGGAGUACAACUAUCUCUACUCUAUACCCGGACUGGCUUUUGUGGGUGGUUACGGGGUGUCUGUCGCCGGCGGUUACAGCAUCGAGCAGAUGAUGUACCUGGGCUCAGGUUUGUGUUGUGUUGGUGCUCUUGCUGGGCUCUCCGCUCAGGGCACCAGCCGGCUGGGAAAUGCUCUGGGUAUGAUGGGGGUGGCGGGGGGAAUUGCAGCUACACUGGGUGCUCUGAAACCCUCCCCAGAACUCCUCUCACAGAUGUCUCUCGCCAUGGCGACGGGAGGAACACUGGGUCUGACUAUUGCCAAACGCAUCGAGAUCACAGAUCUGCCUCAGCUGGUGGCUGCCUUUCACAGUCUGGUGGGUCUGGCUGCCGUUCUCACCUGCAUCGCUGAGUUCAUGAUCGAAUAUCCGCACCUGGACGUCCACCCGGCGGCACACAUGCUGAAGAUCGUGGCUUACCUGGGCACUUACAUCGGCGGCGUGACCUUCAGUGGAUCUCUGGUUGCUUACGGCAAACUGCAGGGGGUCUUGGACUCGGCUCCUUUGCUCCUGCCAGGGCGUCACAUGUUAAACGCGGGUCUGAUGGCGGCGUCUGUGGGGGGGAUGGUGCCCUUCAUGCUGACUGACAGUUUUAACACAGGCAUGGGUUGUCUGCUGGGUGUGUCCGGUCUCUCUACUGUCAUGGGCGUUACGCUCACAGCAGCAAUAGGAGGAGCAGAUAUGCCAGUGGUCAUCACGGUGUUGAACAGUUACUCUGGCUGGGCGUUGUGUGCUGAAGGCUUCCUGUUGGAAAAUAACCUCAUGACCAUUGUUGGCGCUCUGAUUGGCUCAUCUGGUGCAAUCCUUUCUUACAUCAUGUGUGUGGCCAUGAAUCGUUCUCUUCCAAACGUCAUUCUGGGUGGAUAUGGAACGUCCUCCACCGCAGGCGGGAAGCCCAUGGAGAUCACCGGCACACACACUGAAGUCAAUGUGGAUCAGUCCAUUGAAAUGAUUAAAGAAGCCAACAGCAUCAUCAUAACACCAGGCUGGGGUUUGUGUGCAGCGAAGGCGCAGUAUCCCAUCGCUGACAUGGUGAAGAUGUUGAGAGAACAGGGCAAGACAGUCAGGUUUGGGAUUCAUCCGGUGGCGGGUCGCAUGCCCGGGCAACUCAACGUCCUAUUGGCUGAAGCUGGAGUCCCAUAUGAUGUGGUUCUGGAGAUGGACGAGAUCAAUGAAGAUUUCCCCGAAACUGACCUGGCGCUCGUGAUCGGAGCCAACGACACGGUCAACUCUGCGGCACAGGAAGAUCCCAAUUCAAUCAUCGCCGGGAUGCCCGUGCUGGAAGUGUGGAAGUCCAAACAGGUGAUUGUCAUGAAGCGAACUCUUGGUGUGGGAUACGCAGCAGUUGAUAACCCCAUCUUCUACAAACCCAACACUGCAAUGCUGCUGGGAGACGCCAAGAAGACCUGCGACAGUUUACAGGCCAAAAUAAGAGAGGCCAAUUACUGAUUCA